GAACGGCCCAAAAAACCUAAACCCAGUUCCUGCACAAAACCCUUCUCUUCUUUUCUUCCUCCAUCGUCUUGCUCCGCUGAACUUUGGAAGUCGUCAGGUUCCGCACCAAAACUCACAACACCAUGGCCUCACAAUCCAGGAGAAGCGGAGCCGGGAAGGCAGAUCCUGGAAUUCUGACCAAAGUCACCAACUCCCAAAUCGUCUCUCGCGGAAAGCAAGCCGCUAACGACGCCGUUUUCGUAUCCAAGAAGUUGCUGCGUAGCACCGGCAAGGCGGCGUGGAUCGCCGGCACUACCUUUCUCAUCCUCGUAGUUCCUUUAAUCAUCGUGAUGGAUCGCGACCAGCAGCUUAGCGAUAUCGAGCUUCAGCAGGCCAGCCUUCUCGGAGCCCCGCCGAUGUCUGCAUCACAACCUGCUCAAAAGUAAAAUGAUAUUUGUCGUCGUCAUCUUUUGUUUUCUGUUGCUCUUUCUUAGGUUCAUUUAGUGGCAGUUCCAAGUGAGCGAUGCUGUCGAGUCGUGUUAGAGGUUUGAGGAUACUGUACAACAAUAAUUUAUAUUGCUUUUUAGGGUUACCCCCCCUCCCCCUUUCCCUUGUUAUGAUUGAACUUGGUUUUCAAUGCAUUUUUCUGCUGUGCCAUGUUGUUUUGUUCUGAAUAGGGCUUUUGUGAGUUGUUUCCGAUAUCAGGAGGGAUAAAGUAAAUGGUGCAUCAGGAAUAAAAUGGCUCUUAAUUUCAGCUGG